AUGGCAAUUGUUGGAUUAGGUUACAUUGAAAUUUUCCUAGCAAUACUAUGUUUUUUCUUGUUUCAUGCCCUAAAAAAAACAAAGGGCCCUAGAAAAUGGCCAAUUAUUGGUAUGUUACCAAGUAUACUUUAUCACAUAAAACAUAUUCAUGAAAGGAUCACUGUGAUCAUGAGGAGAUCAGGGGGAACUUUUUUAUCAAAAGGUCCAAUAUUUACAAAUAUGGACAUAUUAACCACAGUUGAUCCAGCAAAUGUACACUACAUCAUGAGUCAAAAUUUCAUGAAUUUCCCCAAAGGGCCAAAAUUCAAAGAGUUUUUUGAUGUUUUAGGAGAUGGAAUUUUUAAUGCGGACAUGGAUUUAUGGAAGAUUCAAAGGAAGACGACUCGUGCUUUGAUCACUCACCAACAAUUUUACAAGUUUUUAAUCAAGACUAGUCGCGAAAAAGUGGAGAAAGGGCUUAUUCAGGUUCUUGAUCAUGUUUGUAACAAGGGUGUCAUAGUAGACUUACAAGAUUUAUUUCAAAGGUUCACUUUUGAUACUACUUGUAUAUUAGUCACUGGAUAUGAUCCUGGUUGUGUAUCUAUUGAUUUCCCUCAUGUCCCCUUCUCGAAAGCUAUGGAUGAUGCUGAAGAAGCAAUUCUUUUUCGACAUGUCAUGCCUGGGCCAAUUUGGAGGUUACAGAAAUGGCUAGGAAUUGGAGAAGAAAAGAAGUUGAGUAAAGCUUGGAAAACUAUGGAUAAUGUUAUAGGGAACUAUAUUUCCAAAAAGCGCGAUGAGUUGACAAAAAUGGAAACUCAUGAUCAAUUGAAAGAGAACGACGAGGGUUUUGAUCUUUUGACCUUUUAUCUCAAAGAAGGUGAAAAUUUGGGAGUGAAUUGUGAUGAUAAGUUCUUGAGGGACACCAUAUUGAACCUAAUGAUCGCGGGGCGUGACACUACUAGCUCAGCCCUCACAUGGUUCAUUUGGCUCGUGACAAAAAAUCCACAAGUAGAGAAGAAAUUAAGGGAAGAGAUCAAUUCAAUUAUUCCAAAAGAAGAAGCUACAAAAUGGAGGCUUUUCAAUGUUCAUGAAUUGAACAAAUUGGUUUAUUUACAUGGUGCGUUAUGUGAUUCACUAAGGCUAUAUCCACCAGUUCCAUUUCAACACAAGGAGCCACUUCAAGAAGAUACUCUCCCAAGUGGUCAUAAAGUUCAUCCAAAGAUGAAGAUAAUGUUCUCAUUGUAUGCAAUGGGGAGAAUGGAGUCAAUUUGGGGGGGAGAUUGUUUAGAAUUCAAGCCAGAGAGAUGGAUUUCAGAGACAGGAACGAUUAAGCACGAACCUUCCUAUAAGUUCUUGGCUUUUAAUGCUGGACCAAGGACUUGUUUAGGGAAAGAAGUGGCUUUCACUCAAAUGAAAGCUGUGGCUGCUACUAUCAUACAUAAUUACCAAGUUGAAGUUGUGGAAGGAUACCCUAUUGAACCUAAUGCUUCUGUUAUUCUCUAUAUGAGACAUGGUUUUAAAGUUAGGAUUAGUAGGAGAUGGACUAAUUAG